GUCUGUAUAAUAAGGUUAUGUGAUCAAUUCACAACAUUAAUCAUUAAACCACUGUUCAGAGUGACAUUAUGAACUUCGACAUUAACCUGCACAAGUUGAACCACCAGUGGCGUUUGAACCUGCGCAAGGCUCGGGCAGAAGAGCUGCAUGAUGAUUUUGCAAAACUCAGCCAAACUUUUGAGACACUUGUGGCCUGCAAGGACAAAGUCAUUAAGUUAUUGUUGUCUGAUCUGAGUGAAGCGGAGCAGCAGUCAGCGCUUGCUCACAGGGCUCAUCUCCAGUGUCUGGAUCAUUUCCUGGAGAUACAGAAAAGCCGACUGGCAGCACUAGAGUCACAUUGGAACACCAGUGUGAAGGAACUCAGUACUGACUACAGCACAGAGAGGGAGAAACUUUUGAAGCUUCAUCAGAAGGAGAGUGAAUACCUCAAUGCAGAAAACCAGGCUUUGAAGCAGCGCUAUGAUGAAAUAUACAGUGAAGCCAAACAGGACUAUGAGUAUACACGUGACUACAACAAAAUACAGUACGCUGGCAUGAAGCAUGCAGUAGAAAGCAAAGUGACAGAGCAGCAGCAGCGGCUUCUGGAAGAACAGGAGAAGUACACAAAUGACAAUGACAAAGAAAACAAUGAAGUUUUCGAUUUGCAAGAAGCCAUCCAGAAAAUAGACAUGAAUGGGAAGCACAUUCAUAAGCUGCAGAACACCAUCAGUGCUCUGCGUUCUCAUUUGAGCUCCAGUCAGUGGAAAAAUGAGGCAUCUAUCAGUGGGCAUCAUGAAGAUUAUGAGCCACUUAAACAGGAAAUUCGACAUCUCAGAGCCAAGCUCUCUUCUUCCCAGGCAGCUGAAAAAACACAGCUAGCUAAUCACACUAUAUACAGCAAUGACACCAUUAACAAACUACAGGGUAUUAUACAAGAGAGUGAGACUUUGCUCCAUCUGGCUGUUGUGUGCCGCAAGCUUGAAAUGGAGCAGGAGAAGGUGCUUCCCUUUUACACGUUAUCUUUAAAUGCUGAGGAACUGAGUCAAGAGAAAGCACAUGCUGUGGAGACAAUGAUGGACUAUACAGAUCUGGAAAAGUUCUGGAAAAGAUAUAACAAGAUUGUGCUGGAGCGUUUGUGUUUAGAAAGGAAAAAGAAUGAAGUAGGAUUGGAGAACCAGCACCUGAGGAGUCUUCUUAAGCAGUAUCUGGAUGGAGUCUCUGUUAGUGACGAGAUCCUAGAGCAGGAGAACUCACUGCUCAUGUUGUCCAGGCUAUCACCCCAAGCCUCUCCAGCUUCAAAAACCCAAAGACGCAAACACAAGCCCGUCAUAGAGGCGGCUCAUGCGGUGAAGUACACAUUGUAAACAUAAAGAUAUAAAAAUAAGAAAAUAAAUGCAAAAGUCUUUCAAGAA